GGGCUCCUGCUGGAGGAUCCAAUACAUCUGCUAUUCCUAACGGAAACGGAGAAGCCGCGGAACAUGAGCCGCCAUCUACAUCAGGUUUGCCAACAUUCGGUCAUGGAAGUAACUUGCCAAGUGCUCCAAGAGGAUUGCAACCACCAUCCGGCAUCGGGCGAGGUUUGCCUCCGCCAAGCCGUCUACAGUUCUCGCGUCUACGGAAGCCUGGCAAUGCUUUAAAUGGACAAUCGAAUCCUGCUCCUGCUAGUGAAGCCGGGUCUAAUAAAGAUGUUGUGCCUAUGGACAUUGAUCAACCAGAUCAUAUUGCACCAACCGCUAUGGAAGCUCCGUCGAGGAGUAGUAUUCCCGGACCAUUUUCUAACAAAAAUCGUGUGGCGACUUCCGAAAGAUCCCCCGAGAUUAGAAUGGACUAUAUUAUUAAUAGAAUAUUAAAUGCUGAUCCUCAGCAAAGUAUCGAAGCGUUAAAGGACUUUGACAAAGAAUUGAACAAUUCUUCUGCAAAAGUUGCUGGACAUGUUGAUGAGCUGGUUAAUGCUCUCGCUCUUCAAAUUCGCUUUUCUUAUACAAAACUUGAACCACAAGCACAUACUCUCAUCAGAUUAUGCAAACACUUAGUCAAUGCAUUGGUUCUGUUGUUUUCGAACAAGGAACUUGCGUUAUCAGUCUCUCAAGAAUAUUUGACAAGGCUUUUGCAAGAACUAGCGCAUCGGCUAUUAGAUCCAAAUCUACAGGUUCUGGAAUGUGGACAACAAUUAUCGAAAGCCCUAAAUGUAGCAAUGGUCAAAGUACUUGAGAAUAGCGACAGAAAUGCAACCGCAUUGAUUUCGAUACUUGAAACAUCAUCUGCCAAUCUACGUGAAGUAGAAGAUUCUGCAUCUAGUGCUCAAGUAAAAUUUACCGAAUUAAUAAUGAAAUGUCUGUGGAAAUUGGCGAAGAGCGUACAGGAGAAUUUGAAGGCCGGGGUUCUCAAACCCAACAUGUUACUUCGUGACCUAAACAAUUUCUUCUUGGUAACUCCACCCGCAGAAUGGAAACGAAGAGCUACUGAGAAAGUUCCUCUGGGCGAGAUGCCCCUUCGUACUGUGAAGACAUUGUUACUGGAAUUGGUAACAGGACUGGGUGAUGGUGUUUAUGAUCAUUUGGAUCUUAUAGAAGAUCCACAAAGAAGCUAUGUCUAUCCUUAUCUGCAUCAUAUGCUUGAUGCUUAUAGGAAGAAAGCUGGUCAGCAAGUUCCUCAACCAAACUACUCUCAACAUGCCUCUCAGCAACACUUUUCUCAACAUAUUUCUCAGCAACAUCAGCCUUCACAUAGUCGAGGUACGUCUAUUUCAUCCAUACGAUCGAUUACCUCGAUCGGAUCAGAUUCUAGUUAUCCGGAUAAUGAUUCUGCGCGUGGCUCUCCGGCGAUGGAACAAGACAUUCAGGAAUCAACAGCGAGGGAACCUCCACCACGAGAAAUGCCCACACGCGAAACGCCUUUCAAUGGCUCUGAAUCUAUGAGUCCGACUUCGCCACGGACGCCAAUGUCACCCCGCUUCCCAACGCUGGCAGGGAGCAUCCGCACGUCAGGGUCUCAUGAAUUGGAAGUGAACUCUCAACUAACCCGUAUUUUCCAGAAGAUCGGAACACCGCGAGAGUCUAGGAAGGGUAUUCAAGAACUGUAUGAAUUCCAGAAAGAGCACCCUGAAAUGGAAAGUAAAAUAUCAGCACAAUUAGAAACAACCAGCUUCUAUUUUCAGAGUUAUAUACGACGUGGAUUGUCUAAUAUUGCCACGGAGGAGGAAGAGAAACAGAGAGCUAGCAUGAUUGCAGAAGCUAGGAAUGUUUUUCCGGCAUCUGCUGGGCGAGCAGAAUCUGUAAGUCCUCCACCUGAAGAUGAACACAAGCAGAAGCUUCUGAAAUUAGCAGAAUUGUUUGGGUAUCCAAUGUGA